AUGGAUCCGAUUGUGUCGCCAACGCGAAAAAAGCUAGCUGUUAACCUAAGUUACACAUCCACAUCGAGUCUUCUUGAUGGACAACGUGUCGCACGUCUGAGCAGUUUGAGUAGUAGCUACGCUCAGUUUUUAAAACAACGUGAUAUGGAUAAGAACAAGAAAGUUUUAUCACAAGAAGAUCAUCGUUUGCUGCUAUCAUCCAGUGAAUGGAUAGAAGAUGUUAAAGAUAGUGAUCCCUACGUAUCUGUGUGUAGUCGAUUAGGUGAAGCCAUUCAAGAUUCGGAAACUUAUUUUGAAUUUGUCAAAAAAUCUUUCUCAAUUAUUACACAUACAUUUGUUGCUACAGCUUUAUUAAUCCUUUUGACGAUUUUUCAAGUGAUACUAUUUUUCAUGGGUGUUAAAUAUCUCAAUGACUGUCCAGUGCAACCUAAUUUACCCGUUUAUCUGCUCGUUGCGGGUUCGAUGGGUCUUGUACGUGUACUAAAUUUGUUAUGGAAGCAGUUUCGUCGACGACGAAUGCGUAAACUAGAAGGCGUCGAACUUGAUCAAGAAGAAGAAACUGAAAACGACGGAUCUGACUUUACCGAUGCUGUUCUCAGUCUUUUCCUAUUCGGAUGGUUUAUCGUUGGUCAAUAUUGGGCGUGGAGGAUCUAUAAACCAAAUUUCGAAUUUGGUUUAAGAAAUCCGGAAAAUUAUUGCCACCGGAAUGUUUAUAUAUUUACACUGGUUCACAUUGGAUUUGUCUAUGUCAUGUUUUUGGCUGCCAUUCUUUUUCUUGUUGCUUUGACGUGCUGUGCUAGAUUUCCACAUUUGAUUGUGAAAACACCGCGUUAA